CGAUAUCCUUCUUUUUUUUUUUGCCCUUUUGUAGGGAUAUCCUUCCUUUUUUGCCCCUUUCUGUAGGAAUAUCUUUCCUUUUUCAUUUACUCUAUUUCUUUUAUAUAUCAUUUUUUUACUUCAUAUUUUUUAGAUAUCAUUUACUUUGUAAUUACUCACUCAUUCAGAUUCAUAUAUUUCACUCUUUUUCCUACAAUAUAAAAAAAAAAAUAUGUGAAGAGAAAAAAAAGAAAGAAGCAUUUAUUUCUCACCAUCCUUCCUGAUACUUAUUAAUAAACUAUUAUAUUCCUGGAUUUAUUAAGUCAUCACCACAGUGACUGAGGCUGAGGUCUGAGAGUGUGAUUUGAGGAUAUUACAAUGGCGAAACCACCCACUGAAGAGCACCCACAAAAGGCAUUUGGUUGGGCUGCCACUGAUAAUUCUGGAGUCUUAUCACCAUUCCAUUUCUCUAGAAGGGACAAUGGUGAAAAUGAUGUCACUAUCAAAAUACUUUAUUGUGGAGUUUGCCAUUCAGACUUACAUUCUGUAAAGAAUGAAUGGGGUUUUACAAACUACCCUAUAGUUCCCGGGCAUGAGAUUGUUGGUGUUGUGACGAAAGUUGGGACUAAUGUGAAAAAGUUUAAAGAGGGUGAGCGUGUUGGAGUUGGUGUCAUAGUGGGAUCCUGCGAGACAUGUGAGAUUUGCCAACAAGACUUGGAGAACUACUGCCCCCGAACAAUUUUCACUUAUAAUGCCCAUGACCAUGAUGGGAGUAAAACAUACGGUGGUUAUUCCAAUAUGGUGGUUGUUAACCAGCGUUUUGUGCUCCGGUUUCCUGACAACUUGGCUCCUGAUGCCGGUGCCCCACUUCUGUGCGCUGGAAUCACUGUGUACAGCCCAAUGAAAUAUUAUGGAAUGACAGAGCCAGGUAAACAUUUGGGUGUGGCAGGUCUUGGUGGGCUUGGUCAUGUUGCUGUGAAGAUGGGAAAGGCCUUUGGAUUAAAAGUGACUGUCAUCAGUGGCUCCCCAAAUAAAGAAUCUGAGGCAAUUGAUAGACUUGGUGCUGAUGCUUUCCUUCUUUCUUCAGACCCUGCAAAAAUUAAGGCAUCUUUGGGCACUAUGGAUUUCAUCAUUGACACUGUGGCUGCAGUUCAUCCCCUGACUCCACUACUAGCUUUACUGAAGCUUAAUGGGAAACUGAUCACUGUUGGUUUACCUGACAAACCUCUGGAGCUGCCUGUUUUCCCUCUAGUUUUGGGGAGAAAAAUGGUUGGAGGAAGCGAUAUUGGAGGAAUAAAAGAGACACAGGAAAUGCUAGAUUUUUGCGCCAAGCACGACAUCACAGCAGAUAUUGAGCUAAUCAAGAUGGAGGAGAUUAACACGGCCUUUGAAAGGCUUGCCAAAUCUGAUGUGAGGUACAGGUUUGUAAUUGAUGUGGGGAGCUCUUUAUCGCAGUAGAUUAGAGCUCUUCUCCAAUCUCCAUCCUGAUGGUUUCCAUUAUGAUAUUAUAAUAAAAUGUGGAUUGUUGGACUAUGUAUGCUAAAUAUGAGAUGGAACUAUGGAGUGGAGCCCUACAAUUACAAUGGAUUUCUAUUAGUAAAUGAUGGAUACUUGUGGCUCUUUCUAUGUUUGGCCUAGCAAUAUUCUCUAAAGUACACAUCUUUUGCACACAA